UCUGUGCGGUACAACAUCAACAGAAUGAGCCCUCCUCGUUUACUGUCAGAAAUACAACAAAACACUCACGAUCCUAAGUAAUUACUUCCCUACCCCAAUACUGAGUGCAUUUCAACGUCAGUCCUAUAGUCGCCUUAUCUGGACUAAACCUCGCGGUUUAAACUGUAGGUUUCUACAGUGUAACAACCUAGAAGUUCGAAGGAACUGAGAGAGGAGGGAGAGAAAAUCUGGAAUGGCCGGAGGAAGAAGAGGAGCGAAUAGAACAACAUAUUGUCGUUCUCCGCUGAACAGUGAGACAGGCUCUGUUGGCAAUGGCAACCACUCCACCAGCUCACCUGUAACAGGAGUGAGGUCACGGACCAGGAAUGGAUCCGGAACGGGAAUGUCCAGCCCACCAUUGGCCACUCAGACGGUGGUGCCACUGAAGCACAGUAAAAUUCCAGAACUCUCCAUGGACAGGAACGUCCUGUUUGAGCUCCACCUGUUUGUGUGCCAUCUCACAGCUCUGUUUGUGCAUUACAUCAACAUCUAUAAAACCGUGUGGUGGUACCCCCCUUCACACCCACCUUCACAUACCUCUCUGAACUUCCACCUCAUUGACUAUAAUAUGUUGGUAUUCACCGUCAUAGUGCUGGCACGCAGGCUAAUUGCUGCAAUCGUAAAAGAGUCAUCACAAAGUGGGAAGUUGUCCUUCCCACAUUCUGUCUUCCUGGUGACGGCGCGUUUUGCCGUCCUGACUCUUGCAGGGUGGAGUCUGUGUCGUUCACUUAUUUAUCUCUUCAAGACAUAUUCCAUACUCAGCCUCCUUUUCCUCUGCUAUCCGUUCGGAAUGUAUAUCCCCUUUUUCAGACUCAGCUGUGAUUUUCGGAGGGCUGGGUCCAUGUCCCCAUUAAGCGCUGUGGGUUCUAAAGAGGUGUCUGGGAGUUUGGGACUUGGGGAGCGGGACUAUUUCUCAGUCUUAAAGGAAACAUGGAAACAGCACACCAGUCAGCUGUACAGUGUUCAGCCCAUGCCCACCCAUGCCUGUUGUCUCUCUCCUGACCUCAUCCGCAAAGAGGUGGAGUACCUGAAGAUGGACUUCAACUGGAGGAUGAAGGAGGUGUUGGUUAGCUCCAUGCUCAGCGCUUACUACGUAGCAUUCGUGCCAGUUUGGUUUGUCAAAAGUACACAGUAUGUAGAUAAACGCUGGUCUUGUGAGCUGUUCAUUCUGGCGUCGGUCAGUACAUCUGUAAUUCUGAUGCGGCACCUUCUGCCUCCACGUUACUGCGAUCUACUCCACAAAGCUGCAGCUCAUCUGGGCUGCUGGCAGAAGGUGGACCCCUCCCUCUGCUCAAACGUCCUCCAGCAUAUAUGGACAGAAGAGUACAUGUGGCCACAGGGUGUUUUGGUCAAACACAAUAAAAAUGUUUUUAAGGCCAUGGGCCAUUAUAACGUAGCAGUUCCCUCAGAUGUCUCACAUUAUCGCUUCUAUUUUUUCUUCAACAAACCUCUUCGAAUAUUGAACAUUCUCAUAAUCCUGGAGGGUGCAAUGAUAUUCUACCAGCUAUAUUCACUGAUGUGUUCAGAGAAAUGGCAUCAGAUGAUAUCAUUAGCUCUAAUAUUAUUCAGUAAUUAUUAUGCCUUUUUCAAAUUACUCAGAGACAGAAUAGUUCUGGGAAAGGCCUACUCGUAUUCAGCCAGUGCCACCAAUCAGAAAGUCAGUUAGGCAAGGAUAAAUUAUUUCCUGUCAUCACAGAUGAGCAGAAACAUGCAUGAGAGCUGUUUAUUUUUUCUACAAGUGCAUUUUUUUCUUUUUUUUCUUUUUUUCUGUUUAUGUUCUGACUUUCCAUGAAAUAAAAAGGAAACAUAUUUUUGUAC